CAUCUAGACAUGAAGAUGCAAGAAAUGAAGCCGUUCUGCAAAUCAAGCAGCAUCGAGAGAUCUGCAGCUCUGCAAGAAGUCCCCGAACGUCCACCGGAUGCUCACUACAACAGCAAAAAGCUCCUAAUUGCCAGCACGCAGUUUCUUCCCGGCUUGGUGAUGCAUCCAUCAACUAUGCAUACGUUCCCUCAACCCGUGUUCUCCAGGACUCACUUGCCGCUGUCUCCUUUGCCUAUCCUUCCGGCUUACACAAUGGCCGGAUGCGUCCAGCAAUUUGGAAAUUACCCUUUCGUUCUGCCGGACGGAUCCAGCAUGUCGUGCAAGACAGCUACAACGAGCGAAGCUGUGCAAGAAAGGUUAUCGCCAAAGGCAAGCAGGCUGGGGUCUUCGAAGACCGUCAUGGGUCAUUCGGAGAAAGCAUGUCCCUCACAAUCAACAACAACAUCUUGCAGCUUAGAGCCAGCGAACAAGUCCAGAACAACAAAAGCGAAGUUUGAUUUCGCAAAACUCGCCGAAUCGGCCACCUCCAAGGACGAUCCACCGCCAGCUCACAGUCAGUGUCUAUCAGACACCAAAAUGGACCCCUUCAGCUGCACCACAACGGCGACCACCAAAGCAUCCGUAGCCCUUAUAACCAGUCAUACUUAUCCUUUCAUAUCGCCUUACUAUACGCUUGGGGCAAUGGGUCUCGCGACGGACUAUUUUGAGCGUAAGCUGGCAAGGGGUAGGGGAUCCUCUAGACCCAAAAAGGAAUUUAUCUGCAAAUACUGCCAAAGGAGAUUUACUAAGUCUUAUAAUUUAUUGAUCCAUGAGCGGACGCAUACUGACGAAAGACCUUAUACCUGUGACAUAUGCCAUAAGGCUUUCAGGAGACAAGAUCACUUGAGGGAUCACAGGUACAUCCACUCAAAAGAGAAACCUUUCAAGUGCACGGAGUGUGGCAAAGGCUUCUGUCAAUCCCGGACACUCGCUGUCCACCGUAUUUUACACAUGGAGGACUCACCACACAAAUGUCCAACUUGUGGACGGACCUUCAAUCAACGCAGCAACCUCAAGACCCAUCUCCUUACGCACACGGAUAUAAAGCCUUACAACUGCGACUCCUGUGGCAAAGUGUUCAGGAGGAAUUGCGAUCUCAGGAGACACACGUUAACGCAUACUCUGGGUCUGCCAGAGGCCCCCUGUGAAGAAGGAGCUAUGUCGCCUUCUAACAGUUGUGAUCGCUUUUACCCGGGUGAAGACGACGACGAUGAUGAUAGUCAUUCUCAAGAAAUUGUCGUCGAUGUCGAGAACUGAUAACCAACUCCAAAUCCUCCCUGUUUCGAUGUAGUAUUAUUAAUUUAUAGAUUGUUAUUCAAAAGAUUAUUGAAUGUAAUACCCAUUUUAAUCAGUAAACUUAACCCUUUAGCUCCCCAAAAGACGUCGUCAGUAAAAAGGUUUAUUUGCUUGUCUCAUGGUUAACAUAUUAGUAAUGCGUUACAAUAGUACGCCGAAUAACAACUUUCGGAAAUAUACGAAUAUGUAACUAACGCGUGAACAAAAUGCCAAAAUAUACGAAGCCACCAGUGUUGAGAAAAUAAAGUUACUAGCCAUUGCACAAGCGAUAUUAAAAUGGUAUUGCACAAAAUACACAAAAGGCAAUGUUAUGGCACUUUACAAGUGAUACCACACCAAGAAAAGGCCAAUACUGAUGAAACGCUGCGUUAUAUUUUGAAAUUUUCGCUACGGCAUCCUAUUUACGUAUGUAUGCAAGAAAAUCACAACCUUAUAUUUUAUAGAACUUUGAGCAGGGGUUUCAGUGUUAAACCACCGGGAGCGAAAGGGUUAAAUUUGAACUCAAAGCAGCUCCACAGAUACCAGGAGAGAUAAAAGCUUUCACUUAUUUUCCCAGAUUUAUAUAUAUAAUUUUUAGUUAUAAUCGCACUUACGAGUUUUGUUACAAAAUAUACAGCAAAAUUUUAGCAUAAAAAUAAUAAUAAUGGUGAGAAAAAAAAAUAGCAAUGGAAUUAAAUUAAUUCCAUAUUAGUAUAACUAGAAAUAUAUAAAUAAGCAUUUUCAUUAGUAUUUUAAUAAGAAAAGUUCAAAAGUUUUUCUAUGAACUCUUCACAAUGUCUUUAAUGCAUAAGUUCAUUUAGGAGCUGUUCAUAACAUGUCUGGAAAUUAUUUAAUCUAUAGCGUACCCCUAAUCUUAAUAUUCGAAGGACAUCCUCAGUUCAUUAAAAGAGAACGUACAAAUGUUAAAUUUAAUAAAAUAGUUUUUUGUGGUAGAUUUUUUUUUCCAAUAGUGACUCCCCCCCCCUCCCCAAGAGAAAAUGAAAUGUUCUGCAGAAUUUUUUUACCUGUUAAAGAAGUCAGACUUCUGUCUGAUCGCCUUCAAAAUCGGUAAAAUUGUUUAAAAUCUACGGCAAAUUAAGGUUACUUUUUUGCCUGAUUUUAAUUAGUUGAUUGAAAUCGAAACCAAGCUAUUUGGCUACUUAAUACCACACUUGGUGACAUUUCUCUGUCACUUGGCAAUAUUUAUAAUCUAUUUUGUUCUUAUUUGGUGACUUAAAUUUAAUUUCAAAAAUUUUUUCUCUAAUAGUUUGAUGAGCGGAACUUCGGUAAUUCGAUAAAAAUAUCCAAAUACUAACAUUAAUCGCGAUCACAUUAACCGGCAUCUACUGUGUUGUAGCCUUGUGAAAUCAGCAAUGUUAAUUUCAUUUUUUAAACCAAGAAUUGGAAAACCUAUUUUUGGAAGGUUAAUUUAAUAUUACUCCUGUUAAAUUAAUAUCAUGAAGAUAGUUGAACAAUAUGGAAUUAUUUUUGCCAGUAUUUCAUUCAGCAAUUCCAUCUUAUGUCUCUUCUGGGUCCGCUUACUUCUCUGCUUUAUUUUUGUAUGUAACAACACACUUGAUUACACAGAGGUUAGGUUUGCAUAUGUAAUAGAUAUUGUACAGAUUGCAGUGCUAUUAAUUUUAUUAAAAUUGUACAUUUUGUGUAAUAUGUAGUGUUUGUUUAUAUUUAGUGUGUAAUAUUUAGUGUUCCUGGUGUGUGUAGAGGUAUUUUUUUAUCGUGAGGGAGGAAUAAGUAAAACCUAGAAGUGCACUAAGGUUACCCAGAUUUAUUUUAAAAUAAUUUUUAUGAAAUGACGUGUUUUUUUCUAAAAUAUUUUUACACCUUCUAUAGAAGCGUCUGUUUUGCAUGCAGAGGCACCUAAAAUAUGGAAAGAUGAAAUUCUAAUUUUUUGAUACCACACAUACGAUACAAUUUCGGAAAAAGUUGCCAUCACAGGAACGAAAGUUGUGAUUCCAAUUAAACUUUCUUUUAAUAUUUUGCAAUAGAAUUUCAAUUAAUCGAAUUUGGAUAACUUGAAAUUUUCAUUUAAGUUGACUGGAAUGUUUGCUCUUUGUGAAAUGUAUAGAAAGUUAUUAAGCUUUCCUCGAUAAGUCGAAUUUUUGUAAAUCGAUAAAUCGAAAAACUUACUAAGUCGAACUUUCUCGAAGAAUGCUAAAAUUAUUUUCUUUACAUUUUUUUUUUUAGACAAGCCGGAGAUAUCUCCUAAUGACAGAACUUGUUACAAAGUCUUUUCCGGAAUGUUACUUUUGUUAUGUUUUGUUAGUAUGUUGCCAGGAAUUUAUCAUCCACGAAACGUGCCAAUGCUGCCUUUUCGUAAAACUUAAGAACUUUGAUUUAUAUUUAACGCGACCUUGUAGGCAAUCAGUUCUGAGAAUGUUACCAUUUAUCUUAUAAGCAGUAAACAAGUUUCUUAACCAGUUAACUGUGAUUGACGAGUAUACUAGUCAUGCGAAUAUUAUGUUAAUGAAAUGGAGAGAUAAGAGGGAGGUUUAUUUAGUAAGUACUGUACAUAAUGACAACGUAAUAGAAACAGAGAAAAAAAAAUAACAACAAAACCGGAACUAGUGAUUGAUUACAAUAAAAAAAGGGUGGAAUGGAUAUGAGCGAUGAAAUUAUCAUAGCAUACUCCACAGCGAGAAAACGACUCAAAAAGUACUACAAACAGAUAUUUCUCCAUUUCUUAGACAUUAUGUGUUUGAAUGGAUUCAUAUUAUAUAAAAAAAAUAAUGGAUCAUUAUCGCGUAUCAACUUUUUGCUCAA